AUGGACUUUCAGAUGGGCUUCUCGAGGGCUGGUGCUUGGGGUGCGCUUGGGGUUGCUGAAGGGGAGGGUGUAGGUCCACUCGUUGGAACCUUGGAAGGACUCUCAGAGGGUCCACCACUGGGAGAUUCUGAUGGGUUUGAUGAGGGACUCUGUGAUGGCAUGACGCUUGGCAUAACACUUGGAGUGACACUUGGACUUUCAGAUGGGUUUCUGAUGGACUUGGAGUUGCACUUGGGUUGUGAAGGUGAGGGAGUUGGUCCACUUGUUGGAAUCUUUGAUGGACUCUGCGAAGGAGUACUAGAUGGAGUGGCCGAUGGAGUUGACGAUGGCUUCUCCGAGGGUGUCUCAGAAGGACUUGAAGAGGGACCAGGGGAUGGGUCAUAA